ACUCCCAGACUCCUACGCGGCUUUUUGGUGUUACGUUGAAAUGGGUAUUUCCUGUGUUUGCAGCUGGUUUCCAUGUUAUAUCAGCUGGUUCUGGUUUGACAUGUUACCUAACAAAGCUGUGCACUGCCGGUUACUGUGGUAACUUUACUCAUUAAAAAGAUGCGGCUCCCCCUGCGCCUCUUCCCAUUUCUCCCCGCUCCUGUUCGGACAGCCUCCUCUGUCCCUGCGGGGAAGCUGAAUUUCGUCCCCGCUUGCAGCACCGCCGAUGCCCGCUCUCUGGAGCAGCUGCAGGACUUUGUGUCCCGAUCCAGGCGGUUGUUUGUGGUCACCGGAGCGGGUCUGUCUACGGAGUCGGGCAUCCCGGAUUACCGCUCGGAGGGUGUCGGGUUGUACGCCCGCACCGACAGGAGACCGAUGCAGCACACGGAGUUUAUCCGCAGCGCCAAGUCCCGACAGAGAUACUGGGCCAGAAACUUCGUCGGGUGGCCGCAGUUCUCUUCCCAUCAGCCCAACUGUGCCCACCGGGCUCUGCGGAGCUGGGAGGAGAAGGGGAAGCUGCACUGGCUCGUCACCCAGAAUGUAGACGCCCUCCACUCCAAGGCAGGACAGACACGGAUUACGGAACUCCACGGCUGCGCCCAUAGGGUAACAUGUCUUGGCUGUGGCAGCAUCACCGCGCGGGAGCAGCUGCAGAGGCGGAUUGUCUCAUUAAACCCUGAUUGGAGCGCUCAGGCAGGAGCCGUGGCCCCGGAUGGCGACGUCUUCUUAGAUGACGAGCAGGUCCUGAACUUCAGGGUCCCGUCCUGUGAGCGGUGUGGGGGGAUACUGAAGCCAGACGUUACAUUUUUUGGAGACACGGUGGCCAAAGCAACGGUCCAAUUCGUGCAGGAGAGACUGGCAGAGGCGGACGCAGUGCUGGUUAUCGGCUCGUCGCUGCAGGUCUACUCAGGAUACAGGGUUCUACUGGCAGCGAGCGACAAGAAGAUACCGAUCGCCAUCCUGAACAUCGGACCCACCAGAGCAGAUCACCUGGCAGAGCUGAAAGUGAAGAGCCGCUGUGGUGAAGUUCUGUCAGUCAUCCAGCCCCUCUGACCUCACGGACAUGUUUAGAGUCAUCUCUGCUCUGCUGACUGAACUAACUCAGACGUUAGUAAAUGACCAUCAGAAUGACGUGCCGUGAAAGGACCGAUUAGAGGGCAAGAACUGCCGUCCUCACUGCUGGAGAACAAAAAAAAAACGGUUUCAGAAAUCUAACUUGUGUGCAACUGGAAGGCUCAAAACUGUUUGGUUUGUCUCCGUUUGACUUUUGAGCUGAACAUGACGAGGAUCUGUGUCACAUGUUCUCAGAGUGUAUAAGGUUCUUUAGAGGUGCUGCUUUAAAACACAACUGUUUUUAUCUAAAGUGACUUUUACUGGAAGAUAUUUGGACGAGAGCAAGUAGCUGCAGAAGUACGAAGUUAUUUGCGAAAUACAAUAAUUAAAAUGCAACUGCUCUCACAGUGCAAUUAAAAGAUUUUAAAUUCA